AUGUUGAUGCCGAUGCCAACACCAACAUCGAUGCCAACACCAACGUCGAUGCCAACACCAACGUCAAUGCCAACACCAACGUCAAUGCCAACACCAACGUUAAUGCCAACACCAUUUUUGAUGUUGAUGCCAAUGUUGAU